AGGAGGCGGCGGCGGAGGAGGAGCAGGGGGCAGGAGGUUUGGUUGAGCCGCAGCUGUUUGUCUGUUCCACACAGGCUUGGGCCCGACGGGGGAGACGGAGCCCCAGGACUGCUGGAGCCUGGAAGCCCCUCCCCUCCCCUCCCCCUUUGCCGCUUUGUGGCACCCCUCCCUCCACCCUGCCCUACUGAUAACCUGGCUAUGACUAGCAGAAGUACAGCCAGGCCCAAUGGGCAGCCCCAGGCCAGCAAAAUAUGCCAGUUCAAAUUGGUCCUGCUGGGAGAGUCUGCAGUGGGGAAAUCUAGCCUGGUGUUGCGUUUCGUCAAAGGGCAGUUCCACGAGUACCAGGAAAGCACCAUUGGAGCGGCCUUCCUCACCCAGUCUGUGUGUCUAGACGACACAACAGUCAAGUUUGAGAUCUGGGACACAGCUGGGCAGGAGCGGUACCACAGCCUGGCCCCCAUGUACUACAGGGGUGCCCAGGCGGCAAUCGUGGUGUAUGACAUUACUAAUCAGGAAACCUUUGCCCGGGCAAAGACCUGGGUGAAGGAGCUGCAGCGGCAGGCCAGCCCCAGCAUUGUCAUCGCCUUGGCGGGGAACAAAGCCGACCUCGCCAACAAGCGCAUGGUGGAAUACGAAGAGGCUCAGGCAUAUGCAGAUGACAACAGCUUAUUAUUUAUGGAGACUUCCGCUAAGACGGCUAUGAACGUGAAUGAUCUCUUCCUGGCAAUAGCAAAGAAGUUGCCGAAGAGUGAGCCCCAGAACCUGGGCGGUGCGGCGGGCCGGAGUCGGGGCGUGGACCUCCACGAGCAGUCCCCGCAGAACAAGGGCCAGUGUUGUAGCAACUGAGGGGGCAGCAGCAGACACGUGUGGAGUGAGCACGAGAGCUAAAACAUGACCUCUCCAUCCCCACCCUCAGCACACAGCCCCCACGGUAACAGCACACUGAGCCCUGGCUCCCGAGGGCCGCCUCCUGGCAGCUCCGUCAUGGCACUUUUUAACGCUUCAGCAACCAACACCGGGCAGCUGUUGCCACUACUAUGCCCUGCUCUGGGGUUGGGGUCAGAUCUCCCCAGGACCUUCCUUCCAAAACAAACUUUCUUCACUUCGUAUUCUAGGUGCAAGACAGUGGCCUCCUCAUUGUUACUCCCCGCCCGCCCUGUUCUUCCCAGUGUUGCAGGGAAGGCUUCUGUCUCCCACCUCUUCCCCCUCCAUCACUCCCUGUUCUUGAUCCUGUUUCCUCCUCUUCCCAAGAUGAUGGCAGUAAACCCAGGGACUGAGAAGGGAGACAGUGUGAUUUGAGUUACAGUAAGGGCCCUGCAGGGACGGUAAGGCUCAGAGCAGGAGGGUAAGGAAACAUUUCUUUUUUGUUUUAUUUAUCUGGUAGGAGUUUCUUGUCUGUGAGACACUGCAGCACCCGUGAGUUGGACUUGUGGAGGGUGACCCUGGGGAGGAGUGAGACUGGGGAGGCGAGUUAUCAGCUAACUGGAUCAAGGUUGAGGUGCAGUGUUCUUCUGUGCUUUGGAACUCGUCCCAAGGCUGUCUUCCCUCACCUGGCCUCUUAGGUAGUUCUCCGCACCCACUCACCCCACUCCAGUGUAGGGACUGGACCUCAGAGUGCUCCAAAGAAUCUUCACUGGUUGCCUGCACCUCCCGUUCUGCUGUGGUCAGCCUGGAGGAGGCACCAGUUUCUGAUACCACCCUCGGGUUUAUACAUAGGCAUUCCCCACCCUGGCCUUGAGAUGGCCUUCGCCCCAGACGCCAUGCCCUGCCGUUUGCACUUUAAUUGAUGGUAGUUCAGUCGGGAUACAUGUUUUGUGGGGGUUUUGAUUGAUUGACCUGUCCUUCAGCCUUUUUAAUUAAAUGUAAUCUACAGUGUAUGAGGUUUGGGAGGCACUAUAGAAAACAGUGUCAGCGACUGAAGCCCAGUGUGCACUGCUAGCAUCCUCGGAUUCGGGCGUCUGUUCCUGGGUAUAGGUUUGUCUGAGCAGCUGGGGAGCGGCCUCAGUCUAGCAAGGCCGUGGUGGGGGAGUGAAGAGGGUCGGGCAGAGGGAGUGGUCUAUCUUCCCAGGGUUCACACUCGACUUGCUGUAUCUUACCUUGCCUUUUCUACUUCCCUGUAAAUACUUAGUCUCGAUUCUCACUGUGCAGUCUGUUCUGUCUCCUAUGGCCCUGCUUUCCUCUCUGUUAGUAUCUUGAGUUCCUCCUUCUCCUCCCCCUCAGUUAAUCCGUGUACCACUAGGCUCCUGCCACAGAGGCCACUUGUUCUUUGACAGGCGCAGCUAGACUUGAAGGUGCCUCACCGCUGCCUUGUGUCAUCAGAGGGCUUGGGUCCUUCCUGAGUCCUGGCCUCUGCAUCCUUUGUUAGGUGUUUUAGGGUGUCUGUGGGAAGCCAUCAAGGCAAGAGAGAACUCAGUUCUUUUGUGUGUUAGCCAGAAUUUUGGGAAAAUUUUCAGAAGAAAAGAAAAACCACAGUAACCUAGAGUUAGAACCUUUCUGUCCUUUGGCUUACAGACUGCCUUUUGUUCCAGAGCAGCUGAGGAAUCCACGAAGCCAGGAUCCUCAAGGACUCAGCUUAGGUUCUUCCACUUAGGCCUCAGUUCUCUUCCUUUUCCAGGGGCAGCCUUAGUUCUCACGGCCCGGAAGCACACGUUUCCAACUUUGUUUUCCUUGAACCUGUUAAUCCCCAAAGCACCCAGGCGCAUCCUGUUUACAAGUGGAGAAUCUAGGGUGGCUUGUAGAAGUUUAAUUCCUUCUCUGCAGUUUUUCCAUGGGACAAAAGUGAAGAUGUUUUAGUGCCUAGGGGCCGGGAAACCAUUUCCCUAGGCUUUUUCCCUCCCUCCCUCUCUUAGGAACAGUAUUGGCCUUAGCUCCUGGGCCUGGCUGCUGCCCCUCUUCUCCCACCAGCUCUUCUGCCUUCGUUGGAGCUCUGUUGGGCUUGAGGGUGUUUGUUGUUCUCUCCUGCCCUCCUGUUACCUUUUUUCUUUUGAUCAAUUUUUAGGGGGAGGGGUCAUCUUUUUUUGCCUUUAUUUUUCCUAAGAAAGGGUUCGCCUUUCUUUCCCUCUCCUUCUAACAUAACAAUCGUGGUAACAGAAUGCAACUGCUGAUUUAUCGAUGUAUUUAAUGUAAGUAAAAAAGGAAAAAAAGAAAGUA